AUGCCUAAAGAUAGGUCUUCAGUAGUUAAGCAGUCUGCUACUUCAAGUCUUACUUUUUAUUGUAUGGUAAAUGCCACACCUACCUGCCUUUCCACUUCGCCUCAAUUGGUGACUCGAGUCAACCCCAACUUUAUUGUUGGAGGUGGAGAAUCUUUUGCAACUAGGCUAUCCUUCCAUGAUGUUAAAAGGAUAUUGGAGAGGGUUGAUUAUUUGAAUGCCUUUUGUCCUGGAAGACCAAUUGACACUGACAGAUUAAAAAUUCUCCGAACAAGGUUGUCUCAAUUACCACUUGAAGAACGUGUUAGAACUCGGCUUCUUGAGGGGCCUCCAAUUCAUCGUUUUGAUGCUUUAAAGCACCUAGCGCUAGAUAAUUCUGCUGAUGAGAUUAUAAGAGUCCUCCAAAUACAUGCACAAUUAGUUCAAGGAUUGUGGGUUCCAAAAAGUUCAUUAGUCUAUGGAACGAAUAGUGGAGUUGAAGUUUUAGCGAGGAAUUUCGUUCUGUACGAGUUUACCAAGGGUAUCUUAAUUAAAAAGUCAGUUUUUGGCAGGAGGCCUGAAUUCCUUAAAGCUGCGACACCAGCACUAAAAUCAUUAGCUGUCGAGAGGCCUGACCUGAAUGAUUGGAAGCUCAAAGAGCAUCCUGACAAGAAAUUUGAAAACCUUUAUGGUGAUGUUGUGAGAGAGAAGCAAGCUACCUGGGAGUGCUUGGGGAAACAGAUCAAUGAUGUUUUGCCUGGAGGAAGAAACAGGCCUACUAUGAAGAAUCCUUUAAACCCUAAUGCCGACAUUCCUGCAUUGCCAAGUGGUGAUAAGCCCACUUCUAGCUCACUUUUGAGAACAUCUAUGUCCGAAGAAAUUCGAGAAGCUUUGCCAAAGGCGCUUCAAGAAGUUUUUAGAACUUAUAAGGUUUGCAGUUUCCAACAAAUCCGCCAAGGUCUGCGAAAACUUGGAGUUUCUAAGUCAUAUCCUCCAAAGGGAGCUCCAAGGAAAGCUAUAACUGCAUCCAUUGAUGUUUUUGAUGCACCUCAAGAGGAGAUACAGGCAGUGAUUAAUCAGGUUGCUGUAAACAUCCAUGGUGUCUAUGUUUUGAAGUCGUCGCCAGAUAAUCCACAGUAUGACACAUUGAGGAAAGUUGUAAUUGAUCUUUUUAUGGCUGAAGGACCGAGUGCCAAGCUAAAGAAAGCAUCUGUAACUGAAGCUGCCAAGUUGCAACUGAAUAGGGAUAUUACCAAUGUUGAGUUUCUAAAGGUUAUGAAGGAACUAUGUCAUUCAGAAAAAUCAGCAUGGGUUUUGAGAAGUGGCGACGGCAAGCCUGAAUAGUCUGCUACCUUUAAAUCAUGUUGUACAGGUCAUGGAAAGUAAGUACAUGUUAGUUGCGGAAAUUCUCGAUAACAAGCAGGAAGAAAGCUUUGCUUGAGGUUUCCCUUUACAUAAUUGUUUAGUUUUCAGGUUAUACGAGUUGAGCUCGUUGGUAGGAAACGUUUUGCAUUGCAAAUCUAGUAGAAAAUUUAGGAGAUAUUACUCUAUCAGAAGAUAUUGUAGAGAUUUACUUCUUUCCUUUAGUCACUCAAGGAGUUCUAAGUUGGUUCUA